UGCUCGGCCGCGGCGGCUGCUGGCGGGGCGGGUCGCGCUGGUGCCCGGCCAGCCGGAGCUGCUGCGGCGGCGGCGCGGGCCGGCAUGAGGGAGCCGCUCGCAAUGGGUCGGGCCACCAUCAUGGUUCCAGCGGUUGAACUUUGAUGAAGCCAGUGCAUCAUGUACAGCGUAGAAGAUCUUCUGAUUUCUCAUGGAUACAAACCGUCAAGAGAACCAUGUGAGGAUAACCCUGAGGGUCGCCAGAGAACGAGAACAAGGAGCAGAACUGCCCGCGGCCUGCUGAAUGGGUAUGAGGAUGGCCCUGUAGCCUUUGAACACAGUAAAUCAUCCCUGGGGACAGGACGAGUGAGUGACUCUGAAAGCCGCCGUGGCACACCGAGAGGCCACGGGGAGCGCCAAAGUACUUCUGCUUCUAGAGCUGCUGAGGCUGGGUUUUAUAAUCGACCCACCUUAGCAUGGUCCUCUCAACCCCAGAUCGGUAACAACCAGGCCUAUUGGAGAAGAGGAGGACAGGAGGUCAGUAGCUUGCUAGGUCCAAGGGACCAGCAAGACCUGGAGGUCAGAGGAAUGGCCCAAGCGCACAGUAUGCCCAUCCAUGUGAGGGAGGGUUCAUGGGAAGUCGGAGGAAGGACAGAGGACGUGAUGAAGAAGGCAGUUUGGGAAGAAGAGUUGAGGAUGUCGGGUCCUGCCAAGUGGCAGAACGUAAGCCUGGAAAGCUGGAACCAGCCAAGGAAAUUAGGGAAGCAGAUGUCUGAUGGUGAUGGGGAGAAAUUGUUUCAAGAACUGUACCCAUUCAUUCAAGGUGAACAUGCGUUGACUCCUCAGAACAAAAAGAAGUCCAGGUCACUGCCUCGUGGUCUUUCCCCUGAAAGCCUGAGCUGCAUGGAAAUUCCCGUUCCAUUAAAUGAUGGGCAUUUACCAGAUAUCCCUACAACAUCACUGUAUCCUCCAAACUGUACACCACAUUUGGAAUCCACAAGGAACCCUGAGAAGGGUGGCUCCAAGGCCCCUUUCCCCCGACCUAAGUUUGGGAGACCCCUCAAGCCUCCAUCAUACGGCUCACACCAACAGACCCGAGGAGAGAACAGUGUCUUUCAGGGCAGCCAGCAAACUGACCCCCACAGUUCCUACUCAACCAAAACCAGUGACUCCAGGCAUGAGCUCAGCGGGUCAGACUCUGGCUUGGAGCCUCCAGUUUAUGUGCCUCCGCCUUCAUACAGGUCACCCCCCCAGCACAUCCCAAACCCCUACCUGGAAGAUACAGCACCCAAACACGUGAGUGGUGGACAUAGUCAACAGCAGCAUCUGACUGAAAAGCCUGGGGUCGGUAGUUGUCCACGUCCUUCUGGUGUCCUCGCAACAGGGAAUGAGUAUGGCAUGAGCCCAGGCUCUCCUCGAGGGUUCCCUCAAUACCCCAGUCCUAUCACUGCCUACGAAGGCUCUGUUCAGUACAUCCCCUUUGAUGAUCCACGAAUACGACAUCUUAAGCUAGCUCAUCCCAUGGGCUUCUGUGAAGAAAUGAAGCUUGAUGACAGGACAUAUAACUCUGCUCCCAUUACUGCCCAAGAGCCAGCUCACAGGAAAACGCAGUGUGAUGGUGCCCUCCUGAAUGCACAGGGUCCAACGCCUCUGUCGGAGAAUGAGAGGAGCCUGGCCUUUGCCGAUCCCAGCCCUCGGUGGCUGCGGGGCCAGCACCCUGCAGGUGGAGGAGAUGGAAGCUUCCCUGACCAAAGAGUGCACAGUGUUAUGAGAGAACAGUGGACUGGCGUAAGGGGUAGCCAGCAUGGACCUGAGGAAGGCCAGGUUUCCUCCCCAGAUCCACAGGGCGAAAGUACCUGGGAAAUCCAAACUGAGCUCAGAAAGUUUGAAACUGGGAUUCAGACCAAGAAAACUUCAAAGAAAAAAACGAAUGAGACCAUAUUUUGUUUGGUUUCCAUCCCAGUUAAAUCAGAAUCACAUCUGCCAGAUAUAGAUACGAACAACAAUGACUUAAAACAGAGUGCUGAUAAAAAGCACAGGGUUGAUAAGAGCGCAGCUCUGCAGGAACAAAGUCUGCUGAGCACGUCUUCCACUGACCUGGAGCUGCAAGCUCUCACAGGAAGCAUGGCCGGGAGAACAGAGUUCACAAAACAAGAUCUGGGGGACCCAGAAGAAGACAAACAAACAAAUGACCUCAGAUUCAUCCACCUUGCAAAACACAGAGAGUUCAAGUAUUCUGGCUCAUGGCCAGGGCAUCAGUACAGAGAUCAGCAAACUCAAACCAGUUUCUCUGAAGAACCCCAAAGAUCCCAGCUCCUUCCUGAUGAAAACCUGGGAGGGACCAGCAACAUAGCAUCAGCCCCAAAAUCCUUAGACCCCCCUGCUUCCAAAUCUCACAUGAACACACCAUUUGUGUCUGGUGUCCAAAAACAGAAGCCAGAUGCUCAUGACCUAAAAGGUCAAAUGCCCCUCAGCCCAUCCAGUAACAGUGCUUUCUCAAGGACUUCCUCAUCCGUAAAUCAGGCACCUGUGCCAAAAGCUGGCCAGAGUCAGCCCUGUUUGGUUGACCACGGACAUGGAGCCCACCCUGUGCCUAAACCCGAGGUGGUGAAGGGGGAACCGACAGCAGGCCCCUGCAACAGUAGACAGCCAUUUGGUCAGUUUCUCUUGAAACCAGUUAGUCGACGACCCUGGGAUCUAAUAAGUCAGUUAGAAAGUUUCAACAAGGAGCUUCAAGAAGAGGAAGAAAGCCGCAACAGCAGCAGUGAGGAAGGCGAGACUGAACAGCAGCAGGAGGACUGUGCUGACUCCAGACCCAGGAACCAGGGCUUCUAUGAAAACAGCCAGCAGCACCCAAGAGUGUUGGUGCCAGAGGAUCCAGGGUUUCAGCUGGGAAGAGUGAAAAGUAGACUUGAGAACUGGAGUGAGGAGCCAAAGCCUGGGCACCCCUGUGCCCAUCCUCAAUUCCCAGGCUCCUUGCAGGUAGAAGACAGUAGACUUGACCCUUAUCACUUGGCAGAUGGAAGCCUGAUUACAAAAAAGCAAAGCCACGAGGUUGUGAAUGGAAUAAAUGAGCUACCAGUCAGCCCAGGUCCUGUGAAAAGAAUGAUGUCUUCAAGACCAAGUGACUCAAAACUAGCACCUCUGUCCUAUCUGGCUGAACCGAAAGAGCCACCAGAAAGUCUGAAACUCACCAAUGCUCUAAGUUCUGUGCAACUGAACAAAGGGGUCCCUCCGAAGAAUGAUGGUGAAGAGAAGGGCACAGUCAUUCCACUGUCCCUUUCUGUCAAAAACCGAGGCCUCUCAGCACCAGACUUACGGUCUGUGGGGCUCACAAUGGGGCAAGAGCAGAGUGUCAGUAAGUUGGAUAGAUCUUUGGGCAAAGAAAGAGCAAUAGAAAUCCCCCAAGAUGAGUCCCUGCAAGCAAGGGCAGAAAGGAUUCUGGGCAUUGAGGUGGCUGUGGAGUCCCUCCUGCCAGGCACCAGAGCAGGACACAGGCAGCCACCCAAGCCUGAUGCAAGUGCCUGCAGCCCAGAGUCCCCCAGGGAAAAGUCACUACCCAGCUCAGUGCCAUCAGAUGCACCCCUGGUGACCGCUGAUGCCUUCUAUGGCAGGAGAAAGUGUGGCUGGACUGAAAGCCCCCUCUUUGUAGGGGAAAGAGCUCCCCAGACUUCUGAGCUCUUGAACGUGGACAGGGUCCUCACCAGCCAACCCACCUGCCCUGAACCUCAACCCAACCACUUGGAGUCCAAGUUCUUUGAGCCAAAGGAUGUGGAGGCAAAACCACCCUUCAGGUCCACUUUGUUUCAUUUUAUAGAAAGGACCCCAAAUGUGGCAGCCUCAGAAAAGAGGCUCAGAAGCCCUUCCAAAGCAAUUGAAAGUUUACAAGAGAAACUGGCGUCCCCCCAGAGGAGGGCAGACCCUGACCGCUUGAUGAGAAUGAAAGAGGUGAGUUCCGUGUCUCGGAUGAGGUGCCUGAGCUUCAGGAGCACAGACUCCACAGAGGAGGCCGAGGAACUGAAGGUCCCAAGGAACCAGGCCUGGCAGCCAGGAGGCCCUGUGUCCCUGAGCAGUGGGGACCAAGCAUGGAGAGUGGGGCACCUGUCCUCCGCCUCCAAGGACGUCAUCUCUCAGGAAGAAAAUGGGCAUUUGGCAGCUCAGAGGGAGAAGAACAUGGAUCAAGGCUUCUGGUGCCCAGAUUCAUAUGACCCUAGCAGAGUGGAGAGGGUGUGAAUUUCUAGUGAAGCCUGGGACCACCUUCGUCUGCUGAUUGAUAAUUCUCUGAUUUAGUCCAUCUGCCCAUCUUGCCCAAGCAGAAGCUGGCACCUGCUGGUUUUUAGUGUACUGAUUCCUCCUUCACCACUGUCAGUAGGAAAUUUGUCAUUCGUACAGAAUUGCUUGUGGAAAUAAAGCAAUAGUCUGUUGAAACCAUCUCUUUUUAUAGCAUGAAGAUCUAUUGCCUCUACGUAGAAAAGAGUUUUCACACAAAAUCUCUUUCCUGAUGAAUUUGGCCAAGCUGGUGAAUAGUUUGGUGUUAAUCUGGUUCUAUGUGAAAAUGUAGACAUGGACGAUGUAAUGAAUGAUUUUGAAAGGACCAUGAAUGUCAUUUCUCCUCUGAAUCUCCACAGCCUGUGAUCCACACUCACGAUAAGGGGUUUGGGAUACAGGCUUUUGCCCAGUGUUUGGGCACUUCCAGUAGCGGGUAAAUGUGAAUGAAUAUAUAUGAUCCAUUUCUAAUCAAUUUGGUUUUCUGCUGCUGGAAGUAACUUUACUUGUAAGUAACUUGCCAUCAGAGGAUAAAAGCAAUAUCUUUUAAGUUUCUAAAAGAUAACGUUUGUACUGUAAUAUACUAAAAGCAUUAUUUAUCUGGCAAUGAAAUACUUUGGUUGUUUGCAAACAUGCCAUGGUCUGCUUUGCACUCAGUAUUAUCUAUUUUUAUUUUCUGUAUGGAUGUUUAGAAAUUCUUUAUAUGAAAAAUAAUUGCUGGUUUAAAAUAGACCAUUUUAACAAAGUAACUAUAUUUCUUUUUACAAAAUUACUAUUUUUCUAUGAUGUAAACAGUUGUUAGGUGGCAGAUUUUUAAGGAAGUAUUAUUUUAUUUAAGAGUCUAUCCCUUUGUGUAAGAGGAACCCGGAGAGGGUCUGCUCUUGCUUUAAAGAAUAUAUCCCUGACCCAUUCUUAACUCUGCUUCUAUUUUAUUUUAGAAAAUGUCAAUAUAAACAUAUCACAGGGUUAAUAAACUUCCACUUAAUUUUUUGUGCAAAUGUAGCUAUAAGGUUAUAUUUGAAAAUAUCCCUCUGCAUCAAACCAGCCUACUUCUUUGCAGCAAUUUUUACUGCCAUAUCAAUGAAUAUUACCAAAAAACAUACUUUUAUCUUUGUGGGGCUCUGCCCUGACAACAUACCUUCCUCCUCUUCUCCUGUCUCUUUAAAGAAAUGUGUAUUUUUAUUUAGAAUGAUAAUGAAUUAGUCUCACAUAUUUUUAAAAAGUGCUUGGAGAUAUUACAAAAGUAUUAUAAGGCCUAUAUAUUCUAUUGUGUUAAUAUUGUAUUAACCUGCACAAAAUGUAUGCAUUUUUAUGCAUUUGUUCCUUCUAAGUAAGGUAUUGUUAGCUAACAUUUUCUAGAUGGGUUCAUAUUUUUUCCCUUCUUUCCCUUUUCAUGAUUUUUUGUUCUUUCUUUAUUAUUUUGUUGUUGUUAUUGUUGAGAAACCACCUCAUCUAUGUUUUAGACUUUUUUAUUCCUAAAAUGUGAACCAUUGGCUGGUCUGUCCUUUGACCCUAAAGUGAUGGACUGGGUUUUGUGGCCUGCUCGUAUUUGUACAUAUGAUUUUAUUUGAUAAGAACCUCAUGUAUUUGGACCAUAGCAGGCGAAACAGAAUCUCAGUCUAACUACACUUACCUGCAGUCUUGGUUCCCACCUAUUCCACAUCAUCAUCUCUUUCCAGAGCUUGGUGCUUAUGAGAAGGUGAAGGAGACUCCAGUUUUAACAGUAGCUAUGAGACAGGCCCAGUCUCUUCCGAGGAAAAAUCUGGUGGGGAAGAGGUCAGUCACUUCGUAAGAUUUGUGAAUCAUUCAAGUCAUCUGAUAGAACUAAAUGACGGCUGAGCCACGUGGAGGUCUCUGUACUUGCCUCAUUAAAAGUAAAUGAAAGAAGGUACAUGCACAUGUACCUACAGGCACACACCAAUGUAUGCAUAUGUACAUAGGCAUUUCAUAUACAUAAGCUCUGUUUUGACUUCUUAAAUUUCAUUGAUACCAACUCAAAACUUCUUUUAACAAAAAUAAUUAAAAUUUUAGCUCAUACCUCAAGAGAAAAGGGAAGGAUCCUCAAGGAAAGAAAAAAAAAAGUCUUGCCUUAUAUAUGUCUCAGUGCUCUUCUGUUUUUGUUUUAUUCUAAAUUGCUGUAUCAUAUUUUUCUGGAA